CAGCAAAACUCCCAAUUCCAAUUUCAGAUUCAAGAACAUCUUUUCACCUAAAAACUCCCAUCCAGAUCCACUGUCUUUUUUUUUUUGUAAUUUAUAUUCUCAGUUAUGUCGAAACGUGGAAACAGAUCACAGAAGCAAUCAAACCUUGCUCGGUACAUUCGAUUGCCGGUUUUAACCCUGUUUUUCCUACUCCUAUGUGUCUCAUUCGUUAUUUUGUUUGGGAGAAAUGGGGAGAGAUCUUAUCCAUCACCACCACAAACAUCAACCCAACAUUCCAACUCAUUGGGCUCCUCUUCUGUUAAUCUGGAUCCCACUGUCGAAAUCAAGAACGGGACGGAUUUGAUAUGGCAAAUACCUGAAAACCCGAAGGCAGUUCUCUUUCUGGCGCACGGCUGCAAUGGCAAAGCUCUCAACUUUUGGGACAAAAACCCAAACUGCCCCAACUGUGUUGGCCUGCCUGAAGAAAGGCUCAUUGUGAUGAAUGCCCUUUCAAGAAAGUUUGCAGUUCUUGCCAUAUCCAGUGCCAGAAGAUGCUGGUCAUUCGGGGAGGAAAGGCGUAAAGUGAAAUACAUUAUAAAUUGGUGGGUAUCUAAGCAAAACCUGGAAGACCUGCCUCUUGUCGCUCUCGGUGCUUCCUCGGGUGGAUACUUCGUCUCCCUUCUUGCCACAGAUAUCCAAUUCAGCAGCAUUGUUCUAAUGAUAGCUGAAGGUUUGUUCGACAGAAUCAAUACCAAGAACGGGUACCCGCCCACCCUGUUCGUCCACAUGCCCAGAGAUGGAGCCCGAAAGCUUAGCAUUGAGAGGUUCAUCAUACUUUUGAAAGGGAAUGGUGUUGAUGUCGGAGAGAUCGAGUGCUGGGAAUUCCCGCUCUCACCCGAAUUUUUAGCAGGUCGGGUUCCGGGUCUGAAUCAAACAGUUUCUGUGAAACUGUUUGAGCUGUUUCAGGAGAAAGGGUUUGUGGACAAGAGGGGUUAUAUGAGAAAAGAUGGAAGGUCUAUACAAUGGGAUGAUUUGGCUGUCAAGGAGAUGAAGUCUCUUCUUCCUGAUAUGACCUUGGUCAAACACAUCCAAGAAGAAAUGAAUCUGGCUUAUGGGUAUCAUGAAAUGACAAGCUUACAGUCUGAAGAAAUAUUCAACUGGUUUGAAUCUCACCUGGGCAGAUCCGUAAUUUGAUGUCAAAGAAUGUUUUGUUGGAAUCAGUCAGUCACUGUUCAUAGAUCCAAACAGUCUGUUCAACUGUUCUUAAUCCUGUUUUUUUCAUGACUAGUAAAAAAGGAUGUGUAAAGUCACUUAAAUGAGUAAGAAAAAAACACCCAGUAG